AUGAAUGCUCCAGACAGAUUUGAGUUAUUCCUUCUGGGCGAAGGGGAGUCGAAGCUGAAGAUCGAACCCGACACCAAGGCCCCCAACGCAGUAGUGAUAACGUUUGAGAAGGAAGACCAUACGCUGGGCAACCUGAUCCGCGCAGAGCUUCUGAACGACAGAAAGGUACUUUUUGCCGCCUACAAGGUCGAGCAUCCUUUCUUCGCCCGGUUCAAGCUGAGAAUACAAACCACCGAGGGUUACGAUCCAAAGGAUGCCUUGAAAAAUGCGUGCAACAGUAUCAUUAACAAACUUGGCGCUCUGAAAACAAACUUCGAGACAGAGUGGAACCUACAGACUUUGGCCGCCGACGAUGCAUUCAAUAUGUAA